AUGGCGUUCAUUGUCUUGUAAAUCUGAUUGAGUCCCACAUUAGGCUAACUUUACAUUUAUCUAUUAAAUUGAUACAUUCUGGACGUUUCAUGUAAGUAUUCAUUUAACUGGUAGUUUAUCAUAGUAUUCAUAUUGAAUACGCCAGGGCUGUCGUUGCAAGCCACUCGUGCAACUUCAAUUUGCCUGCACAGACAGUACAGACAGCUAGCUACUGUAGCUAACUAAUGAUAGUUAGCUAGCUUGCUAGCUAGCCACUUUGCUGAGGAAGACAGAUUGCUCGCUAGUCAUGUUUUUGGUAGAUAAUUAUAUUUCUCAAAUGUACAUUGUAAUACGUGAACAACUGUCUUGCAAACAGUCUACACGGUAAAAAAAAACAAUAAGCUAGCUAGAACGCCUCCCCGGGACCACCCAUACGUAAAAAUGUAUGCGCACAUGACUGUAAGUCGCUUUGGAUAAAAGCGUCUGCUAAAUGGCAUAUUAUUAUUAGUAUUAGUUCUGUCUGGUCCGCAUGGCGUUACGUGCGCGGCUGAGCCUUCUUUAACAUCUCCUUUCCAGAUGUGUUGCCACAUUUUGUUUAGUGACUGGCUUCAAUACUUUUGCUAUUUCUCACCAAAGCAACGAUGUUGGUAAAGCGCGCUCAAAUUGUUAUCUGUCUGGGUAGGGUGUCAUUUCUCCAAAAUACGAAUAAACAACUUUUGAACACUUUGUUUACAACCAGACUGGUUCUGGUUCAUGCGCGCGUGUCAGAUCUGCACUAUACGCUUAAUUGCGGUCCGACGUUUCACCAAGAAAAACGUAUAUCAUGGAGCUUAUACAUCUUAUGACAUUUUCAUAUGCAAAAAAAACAAACACUUGAUUUCCAUGUGGUUGAUAAUGUGUGUGGCACUUGUCAGUAUGAAGGUGGUCAAUUUGAAACAAGCCAUCCUCCAGGCUUGGAAGGAGCGCUGGAGUGACUAUCAAUGGGCCAUCAACAUCAAAAAGAACUUCCCAAAGGGAGCCACAUGGGACUACCUCAACUUGGCAGGUCAGCUGACUUAUGUUGAUCAUCCAUGUAAAUGCUUGCGAAGUGGAAAGUAAACAAUGAAUGAGUAUGAUUUAAUUAUUGUUGUAUUUCCCUAUGUUCCAGAGGCUCUCAUGGAGCAGGCAAUGAUUGGCCCUUCUCCCAACCCGCUCAUCUUGUCCUACCUCAAGUAUGCCAUCAGUUCCCAGGUAAGGUUGACAUUUUGAAACCCAUAUUUUACCCUAUACAUAACCUCGAAAUACACACAUAGUCCAGGCGAUAAUGUGAAAAACGUUUUGCUAAAAGCAUGAAAGUUUGUACACUUGUACAGUUUGAGGCCCUGAACAUUUUCAGAUAUGGAGCGAUCGCAAAAAUGUCUCAUGGCGGCCAUUUUCUAUUCCGCCAUAACCAAAUAAUGUAUUUUCCGUCAUAUCUCCUGAACCAAACAUGAUAACAUAGAACAUGUCAUGUCUAACCCUAUGUUUUGAUGGUCAAUGAUUACAAUGGUGCCAUGUACAACAUCAUAAACAGUUCAGAUUAUUAUAUAAUGGUGGACUGCCAUGGGAAGAAAUCCAAUAAAAUCGCUGUUUCUGAAAACGUACUCAAUAGAAUAUUAUUUCUGUGGCAUACUGUUGUCUAUUGCUGUGAAUGCGGAUACUGUGUGUAGGGUUCACACAAGGUGCUUAAAGUACUUGAAUUUGGCACUCUGAAAUUCAAGUACUAGAAUACCUUGAAAAUCAGACAUUUUCUCAAAUUGCUACUUGAAAACUACUGAUCAAAUAUGUUAAUAUGAAAAAUAUUAGAAAAAUGUCUUGGUCUAGUGAAUUCAUUUCCAGGCAGACUACCGAGUUUUAUUUCCUCACGUUUCACACUCGGGUUGCUAGGCGAGCUUGCUCAUUCCACCCACACUGCCACUCAGACAGGCAGGUACAUAACUGACUAAUUAGGCGCCGCCAAACGUCAAUAGCUAAAAUGCCAGGCAAAUAUAGAUUCAAUCCUGCAUGGCAGGAUAUUGAUGUUUUAUGAAUGGGUUUUGCCAUACCCAACCAGGGAUGUAGUGGAGGGUAAACACCGUUUACGCAACUUUUUAUUUGUGAAAUAGCGUUUACUCACCUUAUUAUUUUGUUCAUUAUCAUUUACGCACUUACUGUGUUCCCAGUUUUGAUCAACGCUCAAGGCUUCUUGAUCGCGCCUACCUCUGUGAACAAGUGAACGAUUCAUGUAUGCUCGUUACGUUUGCCUGCUCCCCCGGAUUUGCCUUGUUAGCAGCGCAUUCAUUCACCACUCUGUCCAACGGGAAACUCUGCUCUGUCAACAGACAUCCCCCAAACAAAACGCCCCUGACUCUCUGAGAAUGAGUCUACAACUAAGCUAGCUAUAAUCAAAAGAUGGUCUACUAUAGGUUCUCAUGACAAAAUACAUUUUCUUUACAGAGAGUAGUGAGACAGACAGUGGUGAGUCAGGCUGCAAUGAAGGAGGCAAAGAAGAUGCAUAGAGAGAGGAAGCAUUGAAGCAAGCAGGGAGCGAGGUUAGUAGUACAGUGGCUCCCAAACUUGGGGUCAGGGACCCAUCUGGGGUCCCCUAAAAUGUAAAUAGGGUCCCCUGAGAGAAUCUUUAAUCUUAUCAAACACAUCAACUUGUUUCUCUUCAAAUGGGUAUAGAAUACAACAUUUAGAGUCAACUAAGAGCCUUUUUACACUGUUAGAAUUCACUUUCAUGUCAUGUGUUGGGACAGCCUUUGCGACCAAACAUUUUGUGAAAUAUAAAGACAAUUUCAAUAUAAAGACAAUUUAAUAAUAUUAUAUAAUGUACACUGAACAAAAAUAUAAACGCAACAAUUUCAACGAUUUUACUGAGUUACAGUUCAAAUAAGGAAAUCAGUCAACAUCAUCAGUACUGACUUACCACUCAUGUAUGUAGUAAAUAAGUAGUGAAACACGUAUUAUUGAGUAGAACUUGUAAGGAAGGUAGUGAUGAAUAGUAUGUGGUCCUCUGUAGCUCAGCUGGUAGAGCACGGCGCUUGUAACGCCAAGGUAGUGGGUUCGAUCCCCGGACCACCCAUACACAAAAAAAAUUAUGCACGCAUGACUGUAAGUCGCUUUGGAUAAAAGCGUCUGCUAAAUGGCAUAUUAUUAUUAUUAUUAUUAUUAUUAUUCGUAUGUUUUUUUCUUUUCUUCAUGAGGUUGUGGCGAUAUACUGCCAUCAGGUGGCGACUAGAGACAUUUUACAUUUUAGUCAUUUAGCAGACGCUCUUAUCCAGAGCGACUUACAGUUAGUGAUUACAUAUAUAUAUAUAUAUAUUAUUUUUUUAUACUGGCCCCCCGUGGGAAUCGAACCCAUAACCCUGGCGUUGCAAAUGCCAUGCUCUAUCAACUGAGCUACAUCCCUGCCGGCCAUUCCCUCCCCUACCCUGGAUGACGCUGGGCCAAUUGUGCGCCGCCCAUGAGUCUCCCGGUCGCGGCCGGCUGCGACAGAGCCUGGAUUCGAACCAGGAUCUCUAGUGGCACAGUUAGCACUGCGAUGCAGUGCCUUAGACCACUGCGCCACUCAGGAGUCAGAGACAAUUGCAUAAUAGGAACUAUUAGAAAUUGAUGGUCCUUGAAAAUAAAUAUUAGUGUUUGAAAAAGUUAUUGAAAGUCUUUGAAUUUUACUUGCCACUGUCUGUACGAACCCUGUGUGUAACAUUGUAAAAUCACAGAACACAGGAACCUUUGUAAUUGUCUGGACCCAGGGACACAUACAGCACGUACCUCAACUGCAUGUGGGUCCCAAAUGCCACACAUCACUCCUUAAAUUAUAUAUAUAUUUCAGAAGAGAACAUUUCCAUUUUUGAGCAAUUCACAAUUCUCCUUUAUGAUUGCACUAACAGUCAAAAUAACAUCAACCAAGCUCGUUUUGAGAUAUUCAUGAAGAAAGGAACAGAUAAGGUACAAAUCCACACAAACAUUAUGCUUUGGUUCAGCACAUAAAAAUCAAUGAAUACAAAUAUUAUUUGGCCCUUUUCAAACAACAAUUGUCACACAGUUUUCUAUGUUAUCAUGUUUGGUUCAGGAGAUAUGAUGCAAAAUAAAUUAUUUGGUUAUGGCGGAAUGGUGUUUCUGAUGUUGUGCGUGCAUGAAGGAGAAUUGUGAAGUGCUCCAAAAUGGAAAUGUUAUUUUCUUAAAUAUAAUUUGAGGAGUGGUGGGUGGCAUUUGGGACCGACAAGCACUUCCACCAUGCUCGACACAAUGUUUACAGAGGACACUAAUAUUUGCGUAUACUCUACAUACAGUGCAUUCAGAAAGUAUUCAGACCCCUUCACUUUUUCCACAUUUUGUUACGUUACAGCCUUAUUCUAAAAUGGAUUAAAUUGUUUUUUCCUCUCAUCAGUCUACACAAAAUACCCAAUUUUGACAAAAAAACUGGUUUUUAUAAAAAAUUGAAAUAUCACAUUUACAUAAGUAUUUAGACCCUUUACUCAGUACUUUGUUGAAGCACCUUUGGCAGCGAUUACAGCUUCGAGUCUUCUUGGGUAUGACGUUACAAGCUUGGCACACCUGUAUUUGGGGAGUUUCUCCCAUUCUUCUCUGCAGAUCUUCUCAAGCUCUUUCAAGUUCGAUGGGGAGCGUCACUGCACAGCUAUUUUCAGGUCUGUCCAGAGAUGUUAGAUCGGGUUCAAGUCCGGGCUCUGGCUGGGCCACUCAAGGACAUUCAGAGACUUGUCCUGAAGCCACUCCAACGUUGUCUUGGCUGUGUGCUUAGGGUCGUUGUCCUGUUGGAAGGUGAACCUUCGCCCCAGUCUGAGGUCCCGAGAGCUCUGGAGCAGGUUUUAUCAAGGAUCUCGCUGUACUUUCUUUGCUCCGUUCAUCUUUCCCUCGAUCCUGACUAGUCUCCCUGCUGCUGAAAACAUCCCCACAGCAUGAUGCUGCCACAACCAUGCUUCACCGUAGCGAUGGUGCCAGGUUUCCUUAUAUAGACAGGUGUGAGCCUUUCUAAAUCAUGUCCAAUCAAUUGAAUUUACCACAGGUGGACUCCACAGGUGGAAACAGGAUGCACCUGUGUUCAAUUUCGAGUCUCAUACCAAAGGGUCUGAUACCAAGAUGGCGCCGGAGGAGAUGGCUGCCGUUUUACGGCCCUCUAACCAAUUGUGCUAUUGUGUGUGUUUUCACGUUAUUUGUAAUUUAUCCUGUACAUUAUGUUUCUGCCACCGUCUCCUAUGACCAAAAAGAUAGAUUUUUCUUCAACGAGUCGGACGCAAAGGAUAUUCUACAGACACCCGACAAGGCCCAAAUCCCAGUCAUUCGCAUGAGAAAGAGACAGAGAUAUCGUGGACGUAGGUCAGGGUGCCUUCUAAGGAUCCGACGCAGAGCGAGUAAACUGCCUUGUCCAUCAACCUAUUAGCCAACGUACAAUCAUUUGAAAACAAAAUGAACGACCGAAGAUCAAGGUUAUCCUACCAACGGGACAUUAAAAACUGUAAUAUCUUAUGUUUCACCGAGUCGUGGCUGAACGACGACAUGGAUAACAUACAGCUGACGGGAUAUACGCUACAUCGGCAGGAUAGAACGGCUGACUCCGGUAAGACAAGGGGUGGCGGUCUGUGUAUAUUUGUAAACAACAGCUGGUGCAUAAAAUCUAAUACUAAGGAAGUCUCUAGGUUUUGCUCGCCUGAGGUAGAGUAUCUCAUGAUAAGCUGUAGACCACUAUUUACCUAGAGAGUUUUCAUCUAUAUUUUUCGUAGCUGUCGAUUUACCACCACAAACCGAUGCUGGCACUAAGAUUGCACUCAAUGAGCUGUAUAAGGCCAUAAGAAAACAUGAAAACGCUCAUCCAGAGGCAGCACUCCUAGUUGUCGGGGACUUUAAUGCAGGGAAACUUAAAUCCAUUCGACCUAAUUUCUACCAGCAUGUUAAAUGAGCAACCAGAGGAAAAUAACUCUAGACCACCUUUACUCCACACUCAAGAGACGUGUACAAAGCUCUCCCUCACCCUCCAUUUGGUAAAUCUGACCAUAAUUCUAUCCUCCUGAUUCCUGUUUAUAAUAAAAAAACUAAAGCAGGAAGCACCAGUGACUCAGUUAAUAAGGAAGUGGUCUGAUGAAGCAAAUGCUAUGCUACAGGACUGAUUUGCUAGCACAGACUGGAAUAUGUUCCGGUAUUCUUCCGAUGGCAUUGAGGAGUACACCACAUCAGUCACUGGCUUCAUCAAUAAGUGCAUCGAUGACGUCGUCCCCACAGUGACCGUACGUACAUACCCCAACCAGAAGCCAUGGAUUACAGGCAACAUCCGCACUGAGCUAAAGGGUAGAGCUGCCGCUUUCAAGGAGCGGGACUCUAACCCGGACGCUUAUAAGAAAUCCCGCUAUGCCCUCCGACGAACCAUCAAACAGGCAAGACUAAGAUUGAAUCAUACUACACUGGCUCCGACGCUCGUCGGAUGUGGCAGGGUUUGUAAACUAUUACAGGCUACAAAGGGAAGCACAGCCGCGAGCUGCCCAGUGACACAAGCCUACCAGACGAGCUAAAUGACUUCUAUGCUCGCUUCGAGGCAAGCAACACUGAAGCAUGCAUGAGAGCAUCAGCUGUUCCGGAGGACUAUGUGAUCACCCUCUCCGUAGCCGAUGUGAGUAAGACUUUUUAGCAGGUCAACAUUCACAAGGCCAGACCGAUUACCAGGACGUGUACUCUGAGCAUGCGCUGACCAACUGGCAAGUGUCUUCUCUGACAUUUUCAACAUGUCCCUGACUGUGUCUAUAAUCCCAACAUGUUUCAAACAGACCACCAUAGUCCCUGUGCCCAAGAACACUAAGAUAACCUGCCUAAAUGACUACCGACCCGUAGCACUCACGUCUGUAGCCAUGAAGUGCUUUGAAAGGCUGGUCAUGGCUCACAUCAACACCAUUAUCCCAGAAACCCUAGACCCACUCCAAUUUGCAUACCGCCCCAACAGAUCCGCAGAUGAUGCAAUCUCUACUGCACUCCACACUGCCCUUUCCCACCUGGACAAGAGGAACACCUACGUGAGAAUGCUAUUCAUUGACUACAGCUCAGCGUUCAACACCAUAGUGCCCUCAAAGCUCAUCACUAAGCAAAGGACCCUGGGACUAAACACCUCCCUCUACAACUGGAUCCUGGACUUCCUGACGGGCCGCCCCCAGGUGGUAAGGGUAGGUAACAACACAUCUGCCACGCUGAUCCUCAACAUGGGGGUCCCUCAGGGGUGCGUGCUCAGUCCUCUCCUGUACUCUCUGUUCACCCAUGACUGCAUGGCCAGGCACGACUCCAACACCAUCAAUAAGUUUGCAGACGACACAACAGAGGUAGGCCUGAUCACCGACAACGAUGAGACAGCCUAUAGGGAGGAGGUCAGAGACCUGGCUGUGUGGUGCCAGGAUAACAACCUCUCCCUCAAUGUGAUCAAGACAAAGGAGAUGAUUGUGGACUACAGGGAAAAAAAGAGGACUGAGCACGCCCUCAUUUUCAUCGACGGGGCUGUAGUGGAGCAGGUUGAGAACUUGAAGACAGUAGUGAAGAGGGCACGACAAAGCCUAUUCCCCCCCUCAGGAGACUGAAAAGAUAUGGCAUGGGUCCUCAGAUCCUCAAAGUUCUACAGCUGCACCAUCGAGAGCAUCCUGACUGGUUGCAUCACUGCCUGGUAUGGCAACUGCUCGUCCUCCGACCGCAAGGCACUACAGAGGGUAGUGCGUACGGCCCAGUACAUCACUGGUGCCAAACUUCUUGCCAUCCAGGACCUCUAAACCAGGCGGUGUCAGAGGGAGGCCCUAAAAAUUGUCAAAGACUCCAGCCACCCUAUUCAUAGACUGUUCUCUCUGCUACCGCAUGGCAAGCGGUACCGGAGCGCCAAGUCUAGGUCCAAAAGGCUUCUUAACAGCAUCUACCCCCCCCCCCAAGCCAUAAGACUCCUGAACAGCUAAUCAUGGCUACCCAGACUAUUUGCAUUGUCCCCCCCAACCCACCCCAUCCCCUCUUUUACGCUGCUGCUAUUCUGUUUAUUAUCUAUGCAUAGUCACUUUAACUCUACCCACAUGUACAUAUUACCUCAAUUACCUUGACUAUAAUAAUAAUAUGCCAUUUACCAGUACGCUUUAUAAGCUUACUGUUGCAUUUUUUGUGUAUGGUGGCUCGGAUCGAACCCACUACUUUGCGUUACAAGCCCGUGCUCUACAGCUGACUACAGAAAAACCACUCCUAACCGUGGCCCCUGCACAUUUACUUCUUACCGUUACCCCCGUAUUAGCCUCAUAUUUGUUAUUUUAUUUUACUGUGCUCUUUAAGAUUUGUUACUUUUUGGUUUGUUACUUAGUACUAUUUAUACUUAAAACCGUAAAAAAAUAAAAAAACUUAGUGUUCAGGGCUUGUAAGUAAGCAUUUCACUGUAAGGUCUGCACCUGUUGUAUUCGGCGUAUGUAGCAAAUAAAAUUUUAUUUGAAUACUUAUGUAAAUAAGGUAUUUCUGUUUUCUAAAAACCUGUGUGCAAAGCUGUCAUCAAGGCAAAGGGUGGCUACUUUGAAAAAUCUAAAAUAUAUUUUGAUUUGUUUAACACUUUUUUUUGGUUACUACAUGAUUCCAUAUGUUAUUUCAUAGUUUUGAUGUCUUCACUAUUAUUCUACAAUGUAGAAAAUAGUAAAAAUAAAGAAAAACCCUUAAAUGAGUAGGUGUGUCCAAACUUUUGACUGGUAGUGUAUAUACGAACCCCGCUCUGCUCCUCAAAUGAAAACGUGUGGUGGGCAGGGUCGGCCCAGGCUGACCCCACCCACAGCCGAUACCGCGGCGAGGGGUUUCUCUAGCGGUUAGAGUGUUGGGCCAGUAACCGAAAGGUCGCUAGUUCGACUCCCCGAGCCGACAAGGUGCAAAAUCGGUCGAUGUGCCCUUGAGCAAGGCAAUUAACCCUAAUUGCUCCACGGUCACCGUUGAUAAUUGCAGACCCUGGCCGUGACCCCACUCUCCGAAGGUGUCUCGGGAGUGGGAUAUGCAAAAAACACAUUGUGAAAUAGGACAAAUGUAAGCACCUACCCAAAUUAUUAAUAUUAUAAAGUCCAUGGGUCCUGCUUUUUUCAAAGGCCUUCCUGUGUUCCAUGAAUGUACACAGUAUCUACUUUCACAACCAGCGGCAAGACAACAGCAGAAAUAAUAUUCUAUUGCGUACGUUGUCAGAAACAGCAAUUGUAUUGGAAUUCUUCCCAUUGCUUACCAUGGCAGUCUACCAUUAUAUAAUAAUCAGAACUCUUUAUGAUGUUGUACAUGGCACCGUUGUAAUCAUUGACCAUCAAAACAUCGGUGUAGACAUCAUCUUUUCUGUGUUUGGUUCAGGAGAUAUGACACAAAAUACAUGUUUUCGCUAUGGUGGAAUGGAAAAUGGCCGGCAGGAGGUGUUUCUGCGAUGGCUCCAUAUCUGAAAAUGUUCAGGGCCCCAAACAGUACAAGUGUAGUAAGUUUCAUGCUUUUAUGAAAAAGUGAACAUAUCACCUAAAAUUUGGUGCAUAUCUCCUGGACUAAUAUAAGAUCUGGUUGUAGCGAUAUUGAAGGGUUCAUAUUCUUCCCAUAGUAGGAAAGACGGUGUAGAAGAUUUGCUGGUGAAAAGAGACAAAAGGUGCUUGAUUUAUGCACAAUUAUUACUAAUGGAAACCAUUGUAUUUCCUCAGAUGGUCUCUUAUUCAAGUGUACUCUUAGCCAUCAGUAAGGUGAGUUUGGGCUCCUCUUUCUGUCACUCUGGCCAAUAACUGUCUGACUGCUACUAGACAUGCAUGCUUUCAUCGGUUGACAACUCUCUGACAUGCUCCUUUUUGUUUCCGAAGUUUGAUGACUUCUCCAGAGAGCUCUGCGUCAAGUCCCUGUUGGAGAUUAUGGACAUGUUCUGCCACCGUCUCAGGUACUGCACACUUGCUUUAUCCCGUCCCACUCCAAUCCUGUUAUAUUCUUCCUUCCUUUAAAUUUGGCAUUGGUGUUAUCCCUUGAAAAUGUUUCAUCCUGGCUCUGCCGAGAAAGAGAUGCAACCUGACAAAGAUGACACACCUUAUUUUUGAUUCUUUUAUUUAUUAAAUAUGGUUGAAGCACUAAUACAGUCGUAUGAAAAAGUUUGUGCACCCCUGACAAUUUCUAUGAUUUCCAUUUAUAAAUAAUUGGGUGUUUGGAUCAGCAGUUUCAUUUUGAUCUAUCAAAUAACUGAUGGACACAGUCAUAUUUCAGUAGUGAAAUGAGGUUUAUUGGAUUAACAGAAAAUGUGCAAUAUGCAUCAAAACGAAAUUAGACAGGUGCAUAAAUGUGGGCACCCCAACAGAAAAAUCACAUCAAUAUUUAGUAGAGCUUCUUUUGCUAAAAUAACAGCCUCUAGAUGCUUCCUAUAGCCUCUAAUGAGUGUCUGGAUGAAGGUAUUUUGGAACAUUCGUCCUUACAAAACAUCUCCACUUCAGUUAGGUUUGAUGGUUGCCGAGCAUGGACAGCCCGCUUCAAAUCAUCCCACAGAUUCUCAAUGAUAUUCAGGUCUGGGGACUGGGAUGGCCAUUCCAGAACAUUGUACUUGUUCCUCUGCAUAAAUGCCCAGGUAGAUUUUGAGCAGUGUUUUGGGUCGUUGUCUUGUUGAAAUAUCCAGCCCUGACGUAACUUCAACUUUGUGACUGAUUCUUCAACAUUAUUCCCAAGAAUCUGCUGAUAUUGAGUGGAAUCCAUGUGACCCUCAACUUUAACAAGAUUCCCAGUACCGGCACUGGCCACACAGCCCCACAGCAUGAUAGAACCCCCACCAAUUUUUACUGUGGGUAGCAAGUGUUCUUCUUGGAACGCUGUGUUCUUUUGCCGCCAUGCAUAACGCCCCUGGUUAUGACCAAAUAACUCAAUCUUUGUUUCAUCAAUCCACAGCACCUUAUUCCAAAAUGAAGCUGGCUUGUCCAAAUGUGCGUUUGCAUACCUCAAGCGACUCUGUUUGUGGCGCAUGUGCAGAAAAGGCUGCUUCCGCAUCACUCUCCCGUACAGCUUCUCCUUGUGCAAAGUGCGCUGAAUUGUUGAACGAUGCACAGUGACACCAUCUGCAGCAAGAUGAUGUUGUAGGUCUUUGGAGGUGGUCUGUGGGCUGUUUUUGACCGUUCUCACCAUCCUUCGCCUUUACCUCCGAUAUUUUACUUGGCCUGCUACUUCUGGCCUUAACAAGAACUGUGCCUGUGGUCUUCCAUUUCCUCACUAUGUUCCUCACAGUGGACACUGACAGCUUACAUCUCUGCGAUAGCUUUUUGUAGCCUUCCCCUAAACCAUAAUGUUGAACAAUCUUUGUUUUCAGGUCAUUUGAGAGUUGUUUUGAGGCCCCCAUGUUGCCACUCUUCAGAGGAGUGUCAAAGAGAACAACAACUUGCAAUUGGCCACCUUAAAUACCCUUUCUCAUGAUUGGAUGUACUUGUCUAUGAAGUUCAAGGCUUAAUGAGCUCACCAAACCAAUUGUGUGUUCCAAUUAAUCAGUGCUAAGUAGUUACAGGUAUUCAAAUCAACAGAAUGACAAGGGUGCCCACAUUUUUGCAUAGCCUAUUUUUCACAUCUGAUUUAAUUUCAUACAACUUAAUAUUGCUACACUAAAAAUCUUUGUCUGGACAAUACCCCAGUACUCAGCUUUUAUUAGAAAAUGAAUGGCAUGCCACUGUGAUCAUUUUCUGUGACGACAGAGUAAAUUAUUAUGCAAGCCUCAGAGGGGUGCCCAAACCUUUUCAUACGACUGUAGUUAUGAGUCUGCUGGUUGAAGGAUUAUCUCAGAGCGUCAGAGAGUGAGUGCAUUUCCGACAUCAAGUCACCUUUCACAUUGAAAAAUAAUACCCCAGAAUAAUCCCAAACAUCAAUUCUACCCCCAUCCACCCUCCAUCCCAGCUGCCACGGGAAGGCGGAGGAGUGCAUCGGGCUGUGCCGGGCCUUGCUGGGCGUGGUAGUGUGGCUCCUGACGGGCUGCGCCUGCUACUGCGAGAGGCUCAGGGAUCUGGGGCCGUCGGCCAGCACAGAAGCCAACCUGAGGGCCUGCCUGGAGAGGCUAAGGGAUUUGGUGAACAGCACGAAGAACAGGGCCCUGGUCCACAUCGCUCGCCUAGAGGACCAAGGUCAGUCAGGGGCUACGGAAUCUUCUAAGAGGUUUUCCUAUAACUACAUGCAGUUGGCUGCAUAUUAUUUUGAUAAAACUGAAAUCACAAUAUAUUAAUAUUGUUGUAGCAUUUGAUUUGAAUGAAUUUCAUUGGUAUGUUUGACUCCACAUCAUAUGAUAUGUUUCAAAAGCCUCCUGGACCAAUGUGGAGCAAGCUUUGCUCACAGUGACAGAGGGGCUCAGCAGUCUGACCAAUCAGACACUGAGAGGCAAGCUGGAGGAGUGUAUUUCAUUGGUGAAGAGGUGAGAAUGUAGCACUUAUGGGGUACAAGCUAAUGGCCUUGGUAAAUGGCAGUUUUUUUAUUAUCAUCUGACCUAUCUUCCCCCUUAGUAUUCCUACGAUGCUGUCCGAACAGUCAGAUCCCCCGCACCACUCGUUGUUCCCCUCGGUCCACGCCUUCAUCAUGCUGGAAGGAACCAUGAACCUGACAGGGGAGACCCAGCCACUGGUGGAGCAGCUGAUGAUGAUCAAGAGGAUGCAGGUGAGCCUUGUUUGGUCUAGAGUUAACGUAUGUAAAGCAUAUGCGACUUUCACUUUGAGUUGAGGGAAAUUGUAAUUCCGUUUACUUCCUGAAUUGACUGAAUUGAAAUGGAAUAUUGACCCCCAACCUUGGUGUGUUCCCCUGUGCAGCGUAUCCCUGUGCCACUCUUUGUGUUGGAGAUCUGGAAGGCGUGUUUCACUGGCCUCAUUGAGUCACCAGAGGGCACUGAGGAGCUCAAGUGGACCGCCUUCACCUUCCUUAAGGUACUUCUCACAAUGAAUGCCGGAUAAUUACACUACAUUCAUGUUUUAUUGUCCUUGGAGCAAGCAUUUGAAUGUGUUCUUUUCAUUUGAGCCCAUGAGAUGUCACCAUCUUACUGACGAUCCUCUCAUCUCUAGAUCCCCCAGGUUCUCCUCAGACUAAAGAAGUAUCCCCAGGGUGAGAAGGUACAGGUAUAGUACUGAGUUAUUCUCUCCUUACGUCCAUAAAAAUAAAUUGUUAUAAUAUCUGUUUUAAGUUUCUAUACCAGUAAUAAAUACAUUGGAAACAUGAAAGGGAUAAUCAACGAGGGGCUAUGCGUUCUGUGGAAAAUAAUAAACGACGACGCGUCAGCCGAGUGGAACUAACCAUCCACGGAGUUGCGUGAUUUUCCUGAGAACGCAUAGAGCCCCGAGUUCAUUAUCCCUUUUAUACCAAGGCUAUAAUUUAACACAUUUGACACUAGAAAUGUGUUCAACAUUCACUGAAGUAGCUAGCAAGUUUACUAGAUAGCUGCAAUAGUUGCCUUGCUAACCAAACAGACUUGCUAGCUUGGUUAAUCAAACCAUCAGUCCUAGCUUGCUAUUAUGAUAAUUGAAUUCAACAAUGCCAGUAAUGUUUUCAAUUCGACUUUUGCUUUGAAAAGCAGCUCAAACAUAGAACAUGUAAGAAUGAACUUCAUAGCCAUUGAAUUCUACCGUGUAUUAUAGGGAAAUAAUGCACGGUCUAGAACAGGGGAGGUACUGCAGGGAGUCUAAAUAAAUGAAACAAACAAAAAACAUUAUUGAAUACAGGGCUGCCAACUUUUGAAUGUCAUUGGCUCCACCCCUAGCUGGGGGGUAUGGGCAUCCCGUCCCAGGAAAAAUAAUCCGUUUUAAAGCCAAUUUCCUGCAAUUCAUAUUUUCACAUGGCCUAGGCCCAGGGUGGAAUAAAAUGUUUUAAAAAUCACAGGUCAAGUGUACAGUUGUGGUCGAAAGUUUUGAGAAUGACACAAGUAUUGGUCUUCACAAAGUUUGCUGCUUCAGUGUUAUGAGAUAUUUUUGUCAGAUGUUACUAUGGUAUACUGAAGUAUAAUUACAAGGAUUCCAUAAGUGUCAAAGGCUUUUCUUGACAAUUACAUUAAGUUUAUGCAAAGAGUCAAUAUUUGCAGUGUUCCUUCUUUUUCAAGACCUCUGCAAUCUGCCCUGGCAUGCUGUCAAUUAACUUCUGGGCCACAUCCUGACUGAUGGCAGCCCAUUCUUGCAUAAUCAAUGCUUGGAGUUUGCCAGAAUUUGUGGGUUUUUGUUUGUCCACCCGCCUCUUGAGGAUCGACCACAAGUUCUCAAUGGGAUUAAGGUCUGGGGAGUUUCCUGGCCAUGGACCCAGAAUUUUGAUGUUUUGUUCCCCGAGCCACUUAGUUAUCACUUUUGCCUUAUGGAAAGGUGCUCCAUCAUGCUGGAAAAGGCACUGGUCGUCACCAAACUGUUCUUGAAUGGUUGGGAGAAGUUGCUCUCGGAGGAUGUGGUGGGACCAUUAUUUAUUCAUGGCUGUGUUCUUAGGAGAAAUUGUGAGUGAGCCCACUCCCUUGGCUGAGAAGCAACCCCACACAUGAAUGGUCUCAGGAUGCUUUACUGUUGGCAUGACACAGGACUGAUGGUGUGCUCACCUUGUCUUCUCCGGACAAGCUGUUUUCCGAUGCCCCAAACAAUCGGGAAGGGGAUUCAUCAGAGAAAAUGACUUUACCCCAGUCCUCAGCAGUCCAAUCCCUGUACCUUUUGCAGAAAAUCAGUCUGUCCCUGAUGUUUUUCCUGGGGAGAAGUGGCUUCUUUGCUGCCCUUCUUGACACCAGGCCGUAUUUGCCUCACUGUGCGUGCACUCACACCUGCCUGCUGCCAUUCCUGAGCAAGCUCUGCACUGGUGGUGCCCCGAUCCCGCAGCUGAAUCAACUUUAGGAGAUGGUCCUGGCACUUGCUGGACUUUCUUGGGCGCCCUGACGCCUUCUUCACAACAAUUGAACCUCUCUCCUUGAAGUUCUUGAUGAUCCGAUAAAUGGUUGAUUUAGGUGCAAUCUUACUAGCAGCAAUAUCCUUGCCUGUGAAGCCCUUUUUGUGCAAAGCAAUGAUGACAGUUCCUUGCAGGUAACAUUUACAUUUACAUUUUAGUCAUUUAGCAGACACUCUUAUCCAGAGCGACUUACAAGAGCAAUUAGGGUUAAGUGCCUUGCUCAAGGGCACAUCGACAGAUUUUUCACCUAGUCGGCUCGGGGAUUAGAACCAGCGACCUUUCGGUUACUGGCACAAUGCUCUUAACCACUAAGCUACCUGCCGUAAUCAUGGUUAACAGAGGAAGCACCACCCUCCUUUUUAAAGCUUCCAGUCUGUUAUUCUAACUCAAUCAGCAUGACAGAGUGAUCUCCAGCCUUGUCUACGUCAACACUCACCUGUGUUAAUGAGAGAAUCACUGACAUGAUGGCAGCUGGUCCUUUUGUGGCAGGGCUGAAAUGCAGUGGAAAUGUUUUUUGGGGGAUUAAGUUAAUUUUCAUGGCAAAGAGGGACUUUGCAAUUAAUUGCAAUUCAUCUAAUCACUCUUCAUGACAUUCUGGAGUAUAUGCAAAUUGCCAUCAUCAAAACUGAGGCUACACUCAUUAAAGAAAGCUAGUGAUUUCAAAACGAUUUGGAGGCACAGUUGAAAAGUUAAAGCACUGAAUAUUAAUCAGAAAAUAAAAGCAGCAGGCCUACUUUUUCCAAUGCGUUAAAAAUAAGAGGUGUGGCGUGUGACCGUGUAAAGAGGGUCCAAUGCGUGUCUCACGCCCAAUGCGUGAAAGUUAGCAUCACUGUUGAAUAUUACUAACAACACAUUAAACUACUUUUGGCCAAGGGAUCCGUGGGAUAGGUUUAAAGUGUGUAAUACAAUACAACACAAUGUCAUAUUAUUAAUCUACAAUUGAUGUUCUUAGUCCUGGCAAACAUUGGCCUGGGAAGCUCACAUUGAUAUUGGUAUCCGCAGUACUUCACUAAUGAUCCAUUUGUGAAUUCAAUACUUUUAUAUUUUAAAUUUUUUACAUAAUUGCACUGUAAUUUAAACUUUAAAACUGCAAAGUUUUCUCUCUGCCUCGUGGCAAGAUGUGAAGAAUUGCAGGAUAUUAGCUUGAAAACGGCAACAUUUUCUCUUCGUUGCCAAGAGAUGGGCCUUUAAAAUGUUACUUCCCAGGGGCAAAACUUGUUUUUAUGGCCAUGCACUGCUGAAGUCAUAGUAAAACUCCUAUUUUUAUCUCACUCAAGUUUUGUUCUGAUUAUGAAGGGGUCGCUGAUGAAUUUGCUAUCACAAAAGUGGUCCCCGGCCCCCAACAUUUUGAGAACCUUUGCUCUAGAAUGCCCUUCCAGCCAAUCAGAAACUAGUAUUCAAAAAUACCAUGAUAUAAUACUCAAUAUUUAUUACCACUGAGUGAUAUGAAUGUAGGAUAGUGAAGAGUGCUGGUCUCUCUGUCUUGACAUGCAUUAUGGUCAAUCUGCAGCAGGACUUCAUGGAUGACGUGAACAUUGCCUUUGAGUACUUGCUGAAGCUCACACCACUGCUGGACAAGGCUGACCAGAGAUGCAAGUGAGUGAUACUGGAAAAGAGAACAGAGGAAGCAUAUUAUCAUGUUAUAAGCAUGUUUAUAACACUCUGACAGGUUAUAGAGUGUCUGACAAGCUUUUCACUCCAUGUCUGUUUUUUUUACAGCUGCGACUGUCUAAGUAUGCUACUGCAGGAGUGCAAUAAGCUGGGUCUCCUGUCGGACUCCAACACGACCAACCUCACUUCUAAACGGUACGGGUAGCCAUCCUGCCCCUUCAGAUGUGUAACAUCACUGGAAGAGAAUGAUACAGUAUAAAAUACAUCAAGUUUGGAGCUAAUAUCUGUCAUUCUGUCUCCUCUCACUCUUUCCUAUCACUACAUUACUCUUUCUCUCUUCGCCUGCCUGUCUGUCAGUGUUUCGCUCUCUCCCUCUGUCUCUCUUCUUCUCUCCCUGUUUCUCCCUUUCUUUCUCUAUCUGCAACCUUUUCUUUGAGGGCUGAGGAACAGGGAGUACGCUCCACGGCUAAAGACUGCAGAAAACGCCAACAUCCAGCCCAACCCAGGCCUCAUCCUGCGAGCCGAGCCCACUGUCACCAACAUCCUCAAGGUCCUCUUUCUCCCCAUUCCAACCCUACUUAACCUUACACAGCUUUACAGUCAGCAGGGUCAUGUUGUUCAAUAGGCAUGAAACGGGGAGGUUCUAUUUGAACUAGUCUAAUAGAAACGCUUGUUGUCAUUUUCCAUUGGAAAAUGUUUCGCUACGGUGUGCCCUAAUGAACGCGACGCUGACUUUGACCCUCUACUAUAGCCCUGAAUAAGUACGGAUGUUAGGACCGUUAGUUCACCUCAUAAUAAAGCUCUCCCAGAGCUCCAACUUUUGCUGAACGUCUUCCAAGUCACCCAUAUCACACUCUCAUUACUGUUUUCUAUGUCUGUCUUCUCCUGUUGUGUUAGACGGUGGACGCAGACCACUCCAAGUCUCCAGAGGGCCUGCUGGGGGUGCUGGGACACAUGCUGUCUGGGAAGAGCCUGGACCUCCUACUGGCUGCAGCCGCAGCCACGGGAAAACUAAAAUCCUUCGCCCGGAAGUUCAUCAAGUGAGACACACAUCAAGCCACUAAAAGUCAAUCAGGACUGUUCAAUACAAUUUAUUGACAGACUCAAACCAUAUUACUGUGGAGAGAAUUUUAAAGGGCAAAAUGGGAAAAUCUACAUGAUGUAAGAGGGACACAAUGUUUAAUGGAGAUGAUUUAUUGAUGCUCUGUCUUUGCUUCUCAGGCUGAAUGAGUUUCCGAAGCACAUCAGUGGAGAAGGAUGUGAGUACAUGAGUGUUGCUGAGUAUGGGACUUUUUGAAUAACAUUAACGUUAGGGACUUGCUGGGUGUGGGAGUUUUUGAAACAGAUUUGAUAUUGACAUUGGGGACUAUUUGUUCUACCUCGUUGUAGCCAAGUCUGCCUCGGUGCGAGCCCUGCUGUUCGACAUAUCCUUCCUCAUGUUGUGUCACGUGGUGCAGACCUACGGAUCAGAGGUUGGUCUCACACCUAGUACUAAUGCUAUCUAUGUAAGUAUUCUAGGUCCGUAUUCAGAAAGUGUCUCAGAGCAGGAGAGCUGAACUAGGGUCAGGUCCCCCUUGUCAGGUCCCCCCUUGCACUUCUCCUGUAGAUUUUGCAUCAUUGUCCUGCUCUUUCAGCACAACUCCACUAGGUGGCCAAACACCCAAUAGCUUUCUGCUUGUGCUAUCUGACUGGCACAGCUGCAAUGUCUUUGCAACAUUCAUAUGAUGUUACAUAAGCUUAAUGGUCAGAACCUGGCCCUCAUAUAAAUUGAUAUAAUAUUUCCCACUCCAUAUUAUUAUAUGAUAUGAAUCUAUGUUGUGACCCAUCCAGGUGAUCCUGUCGGAUCCCAGCCCCUCAGGGGAGACCCCGUUCUUUGAGACGUGGCUGCAGACCUGCAUGCCAGAAGAGGGCAAGACCCUGAACCCAGACCACCCCUGCUUCAGGCCUGAGUCUGGCAAGGUGGAGAGCCUGGUGGCCCUCCUCAACAACUCCUCUGAGAUGAAGCUAGUGUGAGUGAUGGGUUCUAUCUUUGACUCUAGGGUCAGAAUCGGAGUGGAAUUCAGUGUUUCUCAGCUGCUGAGUUAAAAAACAAAACAAAGGAAGAAGUCCAGGCUAUGGUUGAAAUGUUGUCCGCCAUGUUCAAAUGUAUUUUUUGAGGAGCAUAAUUUAAACCAGUGGGGAAAAAACAUUAUUUAAACUGGAGUCCUUUCUGCACCAUCUCUUUUCUUUCCUUAAAUCAAUUUAUUGGCAUGACUCAUUAUUUUCCUGAAGCUAUACCGAUUGUUAUCUACUGCUGUGUGUCAGUCAGAUGAAGUGGCACGAGAUCUGCCUCAGCACGCCGGCGGCCAUCUUGGAGGUGUUGAACGCCUGGGAGAACGGCGUGCUGUCUGUGGAGGCCGUGCAGGUGAGUCCAGUAUUAUGUGUCACAGUCUAUUUUGUCCUACUUUGCGCUCAAUACGACGUAGUCAGUGAACCGUUGAAUCAAAGAAGUCAACUUGCUCUUGCCAUAGUGGAAAAUGAGUGGUCAUAGCGUGUAGGUCUAAAUGACACUGCUGACAUAAUGGUUAGAGGUUGCGUGUAUUACAUUUUUAUUAUCUUCCUCAUUUAAACCAUUCAUAAAGUUAAUUCAUUUGUCGUACAUGUGCAGAGUUCACACACUCGUCUUCCCCUCUUCUCCUUCCCCCCCCCCCCCCCCCCCCCCCCCCCCCCCGAGGGUAGAAGAUAACAGACAACAUCAAGGGCAAGGUAUGCAGCAUGGCUAUCUGUGCUGUGGCCUGGCUGGUAGCCCAUGUGAGGAUGCUGGGGCUGGAUGAGAGGGAGAAGCCCCAGACCAUGAUCCGCCAGCUCAUGACCCCGCUGUACGGGGAGAACACUCUGCAGUUCUACAAUGAACGGUACACACACUAGACCUGGGUUAAAAUACAGUGCCUUCGGAAAGGAUUCAGACCCAUUGACUUUUUCCACAUUUUGUUAUGUUACAGCCUUAUUCUAAAAUAGAUUAAAUAAAUAAAAAUCCUCAGCAAUCUACACACAAUACCCCAUAAUGACAAAGUGAAAACAGGUUUUUAGAAAUUUUUGCAGAUGUAUAAAUACAAUAAAACGGUAAUACCUUAUUUACAUAAGUGUUCAUACCCGUUGCUAUGAGAGUCGAAAUUGAGCUCAGGUGCAUCCUGUUUCCAUUGUUCAUCCCUGAGAUGUUUCUACAACUUGAUUGGAGUCCACCUGUGGUAAAUAAAAUUGAUUGGACAUGAUUUGGAAAGGCACACACCUGUGUAUAUAUAUGGUCCCACAGUUGAAAGUGCAUGUCAGAGCAAAAAGCAAGCCAUGAGGUCGAAGGAAUUGUCCGUAGAGCUCUGAGACAGGAUUGUGUCGAGGCACAGUUCUGGGGAAGGGUACCAAAACAUUUCUGCAGCAUUGAAGGUCCCCAAGAACACAGUCACCUCCAUCAUUCUUAAAUGGAAGAAGUUUGGAAGCACCAAGACUCUUCCUAGAGCUGGCCUCCCGGCCAAACUGCGCAAUCGGGGGUGAAGGGCCUUGGUCAGGGAGGUGACCAAGAACCCAAUGGUCACUCUGACAGAGCUCUAGAGUUCCUCUGUGGAAAUGGGAAAACCUUCCAGAAGGACAACCAUCUCUGCAACACUCCACCAAUCAGGCCUUUAUGGUAGAGUAGCCAGACGGAAGCCACUCCUCAGUAAAAGGCACAUGACAGCCCGCUUGAAAUUUGCCAAAAGGCACCUAAAGACUCUCAGACCAUGAGAAACAAGAUUCUCUGGUCUGAUGAAACCAAGAUUGAACUCUUUGGCUUGAAUGCCAAGCGUCACAUCUGGAGGAAACCUGGCACCAUCCCUACGGUGACGCAUGGUGGUGUACAGAGAGAUCCUUGAUGAAAACAUGCUCCAGAGCUCUCAGGACCUCACACUGGGGUGAAGGUUCACCUUCCAACAGGACAAUGACCCUAAACACACAGCCAAGACAACGUUGGAGUGGCUUCGGGACAAGUCUCUGAAUGUCCUUGAGUGGCCCAGCCAGAGCCUGCCUGGACUUGAACCCGAUUGAACAUCUCUGGAGAGACCUGAAAAUAGCUGUGCAGCGACGCUCCCCAUCCAACCUGACAGAGCUUGAGAGGAUCUGCAGAGAAGAAUGGGAGAAACUCUCCUAAUACAGGUGUGCCAAGCUUGUAGCGUCAUACCCAAGAAGACUUGAUGCUGUAAUCGCUGCCAAAGGUGCUUCAACAAAGUACUGAGUAAAGGGUCUGAAUACCUAUGUAAAUGUGAUAUGUAAGUUCUUUAUUUUUAAUAAAUGAGCAAACAUUUAUCAAAUUGUUUUCUUUGUCAUUAUGGGGUAUUGUGUGUAGAUUGAUGAGGGGGAAAAAAACAAUUUAAUCAAUUUUAGAAUAAGGCUGUAACGUAACAAAAUGUGGAAAAAGUCAAGGGGUCUGAAUACUUUAUUUGUUAUUUAAAUACUUAUUUUCUGUGUAUUAGUAUUUUCUUAUGUGCCCCGAAUCAACUACUUCUAUUGGAAGUAUUUUCAAAUAAUUACCUAUACAUUUUCAAAUACUUAUUUCAAAUACAAAUACUAUUUUCAAAAACCUCGGUUAAAUGUAUGGGAGUGUAUUUUCAAAUGCAUGCCAAUACUUUCCAAGUGCAUUUCCAAAUGCAUUCCAAUAUUCAACUACUUGUCUUUUUAAAUAUAACAUAUCUGAAUACUUACUUCGAAAAGUAUGUGAAAGUAAUUGAUAUAUUUGAAAUAGUAUUUGAACCAAGGUCUGACACACAUACAGCUCGCUCUACACAUGCACUGCCGCUGGACAAUGUUUUUCAACAACCAAAGCAUUAGCCUGAUUGUUUAGCCUUAGUGUUCAAACCGCUUCACAUCGUAACCAGGCAACUCGCAUAAUUCACCACCAGUGUAUAGCAACCAGACUGAAAAUCACAUGAGCACAAGACUCAUUAACCCUUCAUCUCUCCCUCCCUCCCCAGGGUGGUGAUCAUGAGUUCCAUCCUGGAGAACAUGUGUGCUGACGUGUUCCAGCAGACAGGCCUGGCACUGCGGCCGCCCAUGGAGGGCCAGGAGCCCAUCCCCUACCGCAACCUGCUCUCGGCCAAGGAGCCCAUCCACGAAGCCCUCCGCAAGCAAUUCCGUUCGGUGCUGUGGAAGGGCUGGGUGGACAGUGGCGCACUACACCUCUUUGAGAGCCUGCUGCACACAGGAGGGGUGUUCUGGUUCACCAACAACCUGGUCAAGGUUAGUGAAUGUUAUGAGAGGGGGCGGGGGCGGUUGGCCUAUACGGCAGUGGAGUUACUGUACUUUGGUAUUUUGGAAACCUUGCAAGGUGACAAUGGGCUACGAUUUCUUUUGAUGUGUUUUCACGCCUACAAGAUUUUCAUCAAAGAUGUAGCACUAGUUAAACAUGUUUAUGCUGAAUGUCUUUUAGCACAAUAUGGAUUAUACACCUUAUUUUCUACUUUUAGACAAAAGUAGAAAAUAAUUCCCUGGUAAUCAAAUAGCCUAUUAGCAAGCAAAGCUAAACUAGUUUUGACUAAUGUUAUUAUUAUUAUUAUAAUAUUAUUAAUGCGGAUGCACUUAAUUUACAAAUCAAAUGGAAAGAAGUGAAGUCAUUUCUGUCCUCCAUAACUCAAUAAAGAUGGCAUGGCACACCUACAGUGGCUUGCGAAAGUAUUCACCCCCCCUUGGCAUUUUUCCUAUUUUGUUGCCUUACAACCUGGAAUUAAAAUUUAUUUUUGGGGGUUUGUAUCAUUUGAUUUACACAACAUGGCUACCACUUUGAAGAUGCAAAAUAUUUUUUGGGGUGAAACAAACAAGAAUUAAUACAAAAAAACAGAACUUGAGCGUGCAUAACUAUUCACCCCCCCCAAGUCAAUACUUUGUAGAGCCAACUUUUGCAGCUGCAAGUCUCUUGGGGUAUGUCUCUAUAAGCUUGGCACAUCUAGCGACUGGGAUUUUUGCCCAUUCUUCAAGGCAAAACUGCUCCAGCUCCUUCAAGUUGGAUGGGUUCCGCUGGUGUUCAGCAAUUCUUUUUGCGCCAGACAUAGCGUUUUCCUUGAUGGCCAAAAAGUUCAAUUUUAGUCUCAUCUGACCAGAGUACCUUCUUCCAUAUGUUUGUGGAGUCUCCCACAUGCCUUUUGGCAAACACCAAUCGUGUUUGCUUAUUUCUUUCUUUAAGCAAUGGCUUUUUUCUGCCCACUCUUCUGUAAAGCCCAGCUCUGUGAAGUGUACGGCUUAAAGUGGUCCUAUGGACAGAUACUCCAAUCUCUGCUGUGGAGCUUUGCAGCUCCUUCAGGGUUAUCAUUGGUAUCUUUGUUGCCUCUGAUUAAUGCCCUCCUUGCCUGGUCCGUGAGUUUUGGUGGGUGGCCUUCUCUUGGCAUGUUUGUUGUGGUGCCAUAUUCUUUCAAUUUUUUAUAAUGGAUUUAAUGGUGCUCCGUGGGAUGUUCAAAGUUUCGGAUAUUUUUUUAUAACCCAACCCUGAUCUGUACUUCUCCACAACUUUGUCCCUGACCUGUUUGGUAGAGCUCCUUGGUCUUCAUGGUGCCGCUUGCUUGGUGGUACCCCUUGCUUAGUGGUGUUGCAGACUCUGGGGCCUUUCAGAACAGGUGUAUAUAUGCUGAGAUCAUGUGACACUUUAUUUAACUAAAUAUGUGACUUCUGAAGGUAAUUGGUUGCACCAAAUCUUACUUAGGGGCUUCAUAGCAAAGGGGGUGAAAACAUACAGUGGGGAGAACAAGUAUUUUAUACACUGCCGAUUUUGCAGGUUUUCCUACUUACAAAGCAUGUAGACGUCUGUAAUUUUUAUCAUAGGUACACUUCAACUGUGAGAGACGGAAUCUAAAACAAAAAUCCAGUAAAUCACAUUGUAUGAUUUUUAAGUAAUUAAUUUGCAUUUUAUUGCAUGACAUAAGUAUUUGAUACAUCAGAAAAGCAGAACUUAAUAUUUGGUACAGAAACCUUUGUUUGCAAUUACAGAGAUCAUACGUUUCCUGUAGGUCUUGACCAGGUUUGCACACACUGCAGCAGGGAUUUUGGCCCACUCCUCCAUACAGACCUUCUCCAGAUCCUUAAGGUUUCGGGGCUGUCGCUGGGCAAUACGGACUUUCAGCUCUCUCCAAAGAUUUUCUGUUGGGUUCAGGUCUGGAAACUGGCUAGGCCACUCCAGGACCUUGAGAUGCUUCUUACGGAGCCACUCCUUAGUUGCCCUGGCUGUGUGUUUCGGGUCGUUGUCAUGCUGGAAGACCCAGCCACGACCCAUCUUCAAUGCUCUUACUGAGGGUAGGAGGUUGUUGGCCAAGAUCUCGCGAUACAUGGCCCCAUCCAUCCUCCCCUCAAUACGGUGCAGUCGUCCUGUCCCCUUUGCAGAAAAGCAUCCCCAAAGAAUGAUGUUUCCACCUCCAUGCUUCACGGUUGGGAUGGUGUUCUUGGGGUUGUACUCGUCCUUCUUCUUCCUCCAAACACGGCGAGUGGAGUUUAGACCAAAAAGCUAUUUUUGUCUCAUCAGACCACAUUACCUUCUCCCAUUCCUCCUCUGGAUCAUCUAGAUGGUCAUUGGCAAACUUCAGACGGGCCUGGACAUGCGCUGGCUUGAGCAGGGAGACCUUGCGUGCGCUGCAGGAAUUUUAUCCAUGAUGGCGUAGUUUUUUACUAAUGGUUUUCUUUGAGACUGUGGUCCCAGCUCUCUUCAGGUCAUUGACCAGGUCCUGCCGUGUAGUUCUGGGCUGAUCCCUCACCUUCCUCAUGAUCAUUGAUGCCCCACAAGGUGAGAUCUUGCAUGGAGCCCCAGACCAAGGUUGAUUGACCGUCGUCUUGAACUUCUUCCAUUUUCUAAUAAUUGCGCCAACAGUUGUUGCCUUCUCACCAAGCUGCUUGCCUAUUGGCCUGUAGCCCAUCCCAGCCUUGUGCAGGUCUACAAUUUUAUCCCUGAUGUCCUUACACAGCUCUCUGGUCUUGGCCAUUGUGGAGAGGUUGGAGUCUGUUUGAUUGAGUGUGUGGACAGGUGUCUUUUAUACAGGUAACGAGUUCAAACAGGUGCAGUUAAUACAGGUAAUGAGUGGAGAACAGGAGGGCUUCUUAAAGAAAAACUAACAGAUCUGUGAGACCCGGAAUUCUUACUGGUUGGUAGGUGAUCAAAUACUUAUGUCAUGCAAUAAAAUGCAAAUUAAUUACUUAAAAAUCAUACAAUGUGAUUUUCUGGAUUUUUGUUUUAGAUUCCACCUCUCACAGUUGAAGUGUACCUAUGAUAAAAAUUACAGACCUCUACAUGCUUUGUGGACCUGCAUUAUUUCUUCCAGCUGUUUGCUGACCUGAAAAACGAGAGCCAGAAAGAAGAUGAGGAGCCGCUUACUCAUCUUCUUUCAAGUAGGAAAACCUGCAAAAUCGGCAGUGUAUCAAAUACUUGUUCUCCCAACUGUAUGCACGCACCACUUUUCCGUUAUUUAUUUUUUAGAAUUUUUUGAAAAAAUUAAUUUUUUUAAUUUCACUUCACCAAUUUGGACUAUUUUGUGUAUGUCCAUUACAUGAAAUCCAAAUAAAAAUCAAUUUAAAUUACAGGUUGUAAUGCAACAAAAUUGAAAAAACGCCAAAGGGGAUGAAUACUUUUGCAAGGCACUGUACAUUAAGUUAUUAAGUAUACUUUUUUAAAUGUAACUAAGAAAAAUCCCUUCGCUUUAUGUUUUCAAAGAGUAAAACAUCCAUUUAUUAUUAAAUGAAAAUAAAAUAGAUAUUUCUGAACAUGUAGUGUGACCAUCAAAUGUUGUGUCUUAGGUCGUAUCUCCUGUAUUGUAUGCACUGCAGCAGAAAUGUCCUCUACUCUCCUUGCAGUAGUGGGACAGGGGUGUUCACUUCAGUCUAUAGAGUAGGCUUGGUUGUUAUCCAGACUUUCAUAUACCUGGAUUUAGCGGCAUAGCACAAAGGCCCUCUAUUACCAGAAUGCUAACAACAUUAGCACAAGCUAAUAACGAAAUCACAUAGAUGCUGUUAGCUAAAUGCUAACAUGCAAAAACAAACUUAAUUGCUAAGACCAGGCAAAUCCAGCUCAUAAAGUUAUACAAGCAUAGAUUGUAGCUACCCAAUGUCAUUUUCUGUGAUUGUGGACAGUUAUAAACAAAAGUGAAUGAGAGAAAUUGUGCAAAUGAACAAAGUUGUAAUGCAUGCUUUUCUGAAGGAAGAUCAGCGUGUGUACACAGAGCAGAUGGGAGUAGAACAGAAGAAAAAAACGCUAGUAGGAAACACAGGAAAAAAAUGGCAGAUAUCUGAUGGCAAACAUUUAGUACUUAAUUGCAUACAAGUGUAACUUCAUCACCUUAUGUGCGCCGCACAGCGUUGAUAGAUAUAGAAGGCUAUGGACUCUCAAACUCGCUUUCUCCCUUUGCUAUUUACAAAGAAACAUGUGACUGGCUCAACUGUUCUAGGGAACUACGGUAAGUUUCAUAAUUUAAACUAAUGUGACAGGUGAAAUGAAGUACGCAAUCUGCUUAACUUCUAAGGUAUUGCACAAGUUGACUGCAGGUAAUAACUUAAAGUAACUACAAGUAUUACAAUUUAUUGAUGGUAUUUACAGUAUUGAAAAACUAUCCCGUGGCUUUUUCCAAAUAUCCUGGUAUACGAUAUACCGCCCAAGCCUACUAUAGAGCCUGGCCCCUCUCCCCUGGGCCCCUCACCGGUCCAGACCGAUGAGUAAGCGCCUCCUCAUCUUUUUCUGGCUCUCGUUCUUCAGGUCAGCAAACAGCUGGAAGAAAUAAUGCAGGUCCAUGUUCAUCUGGAGCAUGUUGGCUCUCAUUAGGUUGAUGAUGGACAGGCAGCGCUCCCAGAAGAUCUCCCUGGAGCUCUCCACCAGGAAGGGUCUCAGUGGGUAGGAGGUCUCGUUGCCCAUGUAGGAGCAGGUCAGGUAGAGGCAGGUGAUCACCACAGCCUGCAGCUGGUGCUCGGUGGCUGCCUCGGAGGAGACCACCUUGCGGCACAGCAUGUAGACAAACACCACGUUGGCUGGGCUGAGGAUGUUCUGAUUCCCCCAAUCGUGGUCGAGCAGGAAGCGUUCCACGCUCUGCAGCCACAGCCCUAGGUCGUUGGGGACAGGUUCAGUAGCCGGUAGCAGUGACGACACAGGAACUCACCAAGGAAGCGCAGCAGCUCGCUGGUGGAGUAUGGAGGGUAUAAGGUGUGUAUCAAUCCAUUCCUCAUUCCUAAUUUCUAUGUGUGACUCAGGAGCUGCUGAAGGAGACUCGCCAGGAGUGGGCCAACCGGGUGGUGGAGCUGCUCUACAGCAUCUUCUGCCUGGACACCCAGCAGAUCACUCUCACCCUGCUGGGCCACAUCCUGCCCAACCUGCUCACAGACUCGGCCCACUGGCACAGCCUGGCAGACCCGCCCGGCAAGGCCUUGGCUAAGUAAGACUGAGUCCUCCUAGUGUAUGCUCUCGGGUUCUCAGUGACAAUGUUAUGUCUUUCCCAUGUGCUAGCUAGCUAAAUCAUAGGGACUGUAUAUUGCUAGCUACCUGGCUUAAUAGGUGACUGUAGGGGCCAGUUUCCAGAACACAGAUUAGGCCUAGUCCUGAAAAGGGCAGUGAGUCAGUGGUUCCUGCGCCACAUGCAAUUUGCUUUGUAGUUGUUGAAAGACUGUUUUGAUAUUUCUAUAUGAUCAAUCCAUAAAUAAUCUAGACCUACAUUCAACAGUAUCUCUUGUGCUUUUGACACUGAUUUCACAUGUCUAUUUCACAUGAUAUGCCUAUAUACUUAUAACCACUAGGCUAAUAUAUAAUCACAUUUUUCUUUCUAUUAUUUAAUUAACCUACAGUGAGGGAAAAACGUAUUUGAUCCCCUGCUGAUUUUGUACAUUUGCCCACUGACAAAGAAAUGAUCAGUCUAUAAUUUUAAUGGUAGGUUUAUUUGAACAGUGAGAGACAGUUGGUGGUGUAUAUUAACUAAUAUACAGUACAUGGGUUCUAACUUGAAGUAUUUGUUAGUUUACAAUUGUACAAUUUAUGCUCCCCGCAUAUAAAAACCACGAAGACUGCCGGAAAGCCCCGAACGCAAGAUUGUAAUAUCUUUGACUCACACGGUGGAGGAACAUAUUGCCUGUAGCCUACUUUUUAGUAUGGAAAACGGCUGUGAGGAUUUUUGUACAAUAUUCACAACAUAUUGACAUAACUAUAGAAUACAAAUCUAAUUUAAUCAAUUACUUGUGGAAAUACGUAUUUGAGUGACCAUUAGAAAGCCAGCAGCAGAUGAAACAAAGUAAAUUCUCUCCUCUCCCUCUCCCCGGUUUUAGCUUGUGGUUAUCACCAUCUAGCUGGCUAGGUUUAGGAUAUUUACUAGCCCAUACCAGUAACAAACUUAGCUAUGUUAUCGACAUAUGGCAGUACACAAACAAAAUCAAGCUCACUUACUUUGCCAGCUAGAAAGAAAUAGCCAUAAAUUCAUUCAGAAAUGGAGGAAGAGGAUAGCUAACUAUAGCAAUUCGCCCACCUCAUUCUCACGAAUUUAUCCCACUUUUUACAAAGUUUUUAAUUUGUGUGACGCUGUCGGCGGGGUGUUAUGGGAUUGUUUCCGAAGUUAGAGCUGAUUUUGGAGAACCUCAAACCCAACUUUUAGAACAACAUGAUAUAACAAUUGAUUGUCAUUUGAGAAUGUUUUCUUGGGGUGCUCUAAGUUACUAUUAUAUGCGUUUCUGGCAUUGAGAAAUAGGUGCUAUACUCCCUUUAAGUCCUUACUGUGAUUUGUUUUAAUUAAAGAUGGUCAAUAAGAAACAAAAAUAGCUUCUUAGCAAAGAGCAAUUUCUCAAGCAAGAAUUUAGCUAGGACUGUCUGGGAGUGGUCUGAGUGGGGAGGGGAAAACUGAAACUAGCUGUUAUUGGCAGAGAGGUUUGGAACUCUCUUUCUUAUUGGUUUAUUAACUAAUUUACCGCCUGGUGAUGUCUCCAGGCAGGCCAAAACUCCAUCCCACCAAAACAGGCAAAAAUGUCAGGCGGCCUUUUCAAACAGCUCUUAAACUAAAAGGGCAUUAUCCUGAUUUUCACAGUAUUAUUCCAACCUCAUAUUAUGGAAAUAUAUAGAAAACAUAGGAAAAUCAUGUUUUUGACUGAAUUAAUACCUACUGAGCUGGGAGUUUUUUGUUAUUGUCUUAAAACAGGUUUUAACAGUAUUCCUAGGACCUUUUCUGAGACGCUUUGUGGAUACUUCUCCAGGACUAGGCUUCAUCUUUGCCUUGGAAGCUGGCCCUAGUUAUACAUCUUCCCUGUACAGUAUAUAUGUAAUGAAUUACUGAAUAAAUAGGUUUUUCCUGAAUCUUAUUUUAACAAAUGUAUUCCUCUUCUCUGCAUCUUUACAGUUUUGGUUUUGGCUGUGUUCCAUUGUUGAUGUCCAGUUGAGAGUCUUGUCCUCUUGUUCUCCAGGCUGUCUGUAUGGUGUGCUCUCAGCUCCUUCUCCACUCACCACAAAGGCCAGGCCUCAGCUCGACAACGCAAGAGGCAGCGGGAGGAUAUAGAGGUAACAACACAGACAAACAAAUCCAUUUAUUUAAAGUGCAUUUAAUAAAGUCACAACACACUAUAUUGUCAUGUUUCCCCAGUGCUAUGGGUAAUGUAGUCUAACAUGCCUCUCGUUAACCCCAGGACUACAGUAGCUUGUUCCCUCUGGACGACACGCAGCCCUCCAAGCUCAUGCGUCUGCUCAGCUCCAACGAGGACGAGCCGGUGGUCCUCUCUAGUCCAGGUCAGUUUGCUGUUCUCUGGUGUCAAAGAAAGUACAUCAGCGGAAGGUUCAGUGAGCAAACCUUUUGAAUGUUGCAAAUAAAACAUUUAUGAAUAGAGCUGAUAUGGUUCCUUAUUCUACAUGUCAGAGAGGCAUGUUUGUUCCCAGCAUCAUAUAUUUCUAUCUGAAAUGUUCCACAACUUUAUGCCUGCUGAAUGCAGCCCUGCAUACAUAUAAAGAUAAUAGGUGAUGGUAUUAUUGUUAUAUUCUGCUCAAUGCAGGAGAGCGCAAGUUUCAAAAGUCUCUUUGUGACGUUGUGAAUAUACUGUGUCUUUUCAUGUGACAUCCCCAUUUAAUUAGGGGAUGAAUGCCUUCAACCAGAUUCCAUGAAGGUUUUUAAGACAGAGUAAGGUUAUGAACCCCCGUCAAAAGCAAGUAGACAAGUUCUCUCAACCAAAUGACAGGCGUACGCAAAUGAGCUUGCGUCUGAGCCUUCCAAGCGUUGUAAGACUUUUGUAAAAUACUGUCUUCGGAACCUCACUUUGUCAGCAAGUUGACUGUUGCACGGCUCAUGGUUCAUCAAAGCUUUUGUUAUUUUGUAAUAAUUCAGUGCUCAACAAUAACAACCGUCUUCAUGUCGAAAGAAAAAGGGUGACUUUUUUCCCCUGAUGUCACUAGGGUGAUUAUGACAUUAGUAAAAACACCACUAGUGUAAGCGUAAUUAAACUAAUUAGUGUCAGGUAGAAACCCAAUGUGCAAAAAGGGGGUGUAGCGGGACAUUUUGGGCAAACACACACUUUAAGAGUAGUGGAGGGAAAAAAGUAAUUUAGAAACUUGUCUUGACUUGAAAUAGGAGGGAGUGUCCUUAAAGACUCACUCCAGUGAUAAGCAUUUCACCAGUCCUUUUUAUGGGAAUGGCGCCGGAGGAGAUGGCUGCCGUUUUGCGGGCUCCUAACCAAUUGUGCAAUUGUGUGUGUGUGUGUGUGUUUUCGCAUUAUUUGUAACUUAUUUUGUACAUAAUGUUUCUGCCGCCGUCUCUUUAUGACCGAAAAGAGCUUCUGGAUAUCAGGACUGAGAUUACUCACCUUGUACUGGACGAAGAUUGUUUCUUUAACGAGUCGGACGCAAAGGAUUUACUUCAGACACCCGACAAGGCCCAAAUCGCCGUCAUUCGCAGGAGAAAGAGACUGAGAUAUCAGGGACGUAGGUCGGGGUGCCUUGUCAGGAUCCAACGGCGAGUGGGUAAUCUGCCUCUACCAUCAGUCAUGAUAAGCUGUAGACCACACUAUUUACCUAGAGAGUUUUCAUCAAUAUUUUUCGUAGCUGUCUAUUUACCACCACAAACCGAUGCUGGCACUAAGACCGCACUCAAUGAGCUGUAUAAGGCCAUAAGCAAACAGGAAAACACUCAUCCAGAGGCGGCGCUCCCAUUGGCCGGGGACUUUAAUGCAUGGAAACUUAAAUCCAUUUUACCUCAUUUCUGUGCAGCCAGAGAAUUCUAGACCACCUUUACUCCACACUAGAGAUGUGUACAAAGCUCUCCCUCGCCCUCCAUUUGGCAAAUCUGACCAUAAUUCUAUCCUCCUGAUUCCUGCUUACAAGCAAAAACUAAAGCAGGAAGCACUGUCAAUAAAGAAGUGGUCAGAUGACGCAGAUGCUAAGCUACAGGUCUGUUUUACUGGCACAGACUGCAAUAUGUUCCGGGAUUCUUCCGAUGGCAUUGAGGAGUACACCACAUCAGUCACUGGCUUCAUCAAUAAGUGCAUUGAUGAUGUUGUCCCCACAGUGACCAUACGUACAUACUCCAACCAGAAGCCAUGGAUUACAGGCAACAUCCGCACUGAGCUAAAGGCUAGAGAUGCCGCUUUCAAGGAGCGGGACUCUAACCCGGACGCUUAUAAGAAAUCCCACUAUAACCUCCGACGAACCAUCAAACAGGCAAAGCGUCAAUACAGGGCUAAGAUUGAAUCGUACUACUCCGGCUCCGAUCCUCGUCGGAUGUGGCAGGGCUUGCAAACUAUUACAGACUACAAAGGGAAGCACAGCCGCGAGCUGCCCAGUGACACGAGCCUACCAGACGAGCUAAAUUACAUCUAUGCUCGCUUCGAGGCAAGCAACAAUGAAGCAUGCAUGAGAGCAUCAGCUGUACCUGACUGAGUCUGUAAUACCAACAUGUUUCAAGCAGACCACCAUAGUCCCUGUGCCCAAGAACACUAAGGUAACCUGCCUAAAUGACUACAGACCCGUAGCAGUCACAUCUGUAGCCAUGUGAGUGUAGCUUUGAAAGGCUGGUCAUGGCUUACAUCAACACCAUUUUCCCAGAAACCCUAGACCCACUCCAAUUUGCAUACCGCCCCAACAGAUCCACAGAUAAUGCAAACUCUAUUGCACUCCACACUGCCCUUUCCCACCUGGACAAAAGGAACACCUACGUGAGAAUGCUAUUCAUUGACUACAGCUCAGCGUUCAACACCAUAGUGCCCUCAAAGCUCAUCACUAAGAUAAGGACCCUGGAAGACACAACAGUGGUAGUCCUGAUCAACGACGAGACAGCAUAUAGGGAGGAGGUCAGAGACCUGGCCGUGUGGUGCCAGGAUAACAACCUCUCCAUCAACGUGAUCAAGACAAAGGAGAUGAUUGUGGACUACAGGAAAAGGAGGACCGAGCACGCCCCCAUUCUCAUCGACAGGGUUGUAGUGGAGCAGGUUGAGAGCUUGAAGUUCCUUGGUGUCAACAUCGCCAACAAACUAUCAUGGUCCAAACACACCAAGACAGUCGUGAAGAGGGCACGACAAAGCCUAUUCCCCCUCAGGAGACUGAAAAGAUUUGGCAUGGGUCCUCAGAUCCUCAGAAGGUUCUACAGCUGCACCAUCGAGAGCAUCCUGACUGGUUGCAUCGCUGCCUGGUAUGGCAACUGCUCGGCCUCCGACCGCAAGGCACUACAGAGGGUAGUGCGUACGGCCCAGUACAUCACUGGGGCCAAGCUUCCUGCCAUCCAGGACCUCUAUACCAGGCGGUGUCAGAGGAAGGCCCUAAAAAUUGUCAGACUCCAGCCACCCUAGUUAUAGACUGUUCUCUCUGCUACCGCAUGGCAGCUUCUACCCCCAAGCCAUAAGUCUCCUGAACAGCUAAUCAAAUGGUUACCCGGACUAUUUGCAUUGUCGAUCCCCCCCACAUUGCUCUGUUUAUUAUCUGUGCAUAGUCACUUUAACUCUACCUACAUGUACAUAUUACCUCAAUUACCUCGACUAACCUGUGCCCCCGCACAUUGACUCUGUACCGGGACCCCCUGUAUAUAGCCUCGCUACUGUUAUUUUACUGCUGCUCUUUAAUUAUUUGUUAUUUGAUACUUAUUUAUUUUUUACUUAUCUAUUUUUUACUUAACCAAUAAUGCAGUUUAAAGAAAAAUAAGUGUUAAGGGCUUGUAAGUAAGCAUUUCACUGAAGGUCUACACCUGUUGUAUUCGGCGCAUGUGACAAAUAACAUUUGAUUGUAUUUUUACCCUUCAUUUCUGACACCAGUCCUUUUUACCCUUCAUCUCUGACACCAGUCCUUUUUACCCUUCAUUUCUGACACCAGGCCUUUUUAAGCCUUCAUUUCUGACACCAGUCCUUUUUUACCCUUCAUUUCUGACACCAGUCCUUUUUUACCCUUCAUUUCUGACACCAGUCCUUUUUUACCCUUCAUUUCUGACACCAGUCCUUUUUUAUCCUUCAUUUCUGACACCUAAGCCUUUUUAACCCUUCAUUUCUGACACCAGGCCUUUCCUUUGAAAUCCAUUAAGGGAAGUGAACCAGUGCCAACUUAGAGCAGAAGGUUAUAGAAUUGAGACGUAAGGAGAGUUUCUUUGAAUAAGGACGUUAUGUCAGAGCAGUGACGUAUUGAUACAUUGACAAAACUUCCAUAUGGGGUCUUUAACCUUGCCUGCCUAUGAACCACAAUAACCCCCUACUCUCUUGACUUUGCUAUUGAAGACCCUUUCCCUUUCUCCUUUCCUGUUGAUUGUCACUAUAAUGACCUUUGAUCUUUGCCUUGGCUCCUGUGGUUGUGUUGUAGGUGACCGGUCCAUGUCCACCUCCCUGUCGGCCUCCCAGCUCCACACGGUCAACAUGAGGGACCCUCUUAACCGCGUCCUAGGUUAGAGCAACGCACCUGUCUCAAACCUUUAGCACCUAGCAGGCAUCAUGGCUUACCAGGGCAUGUUCUCCUACUAAGCGAUUGACAGUUUGCCCCCUUGCUUUUGAUAUUUUCAAAAUGUACAAUGUGCCUUUAUGUUGUAUUGCUUGUCAUAAUGAUCAUUUUACGAUUUCAUUCUACCUUCUAUGUUUAAUAAACGAUUUCAUUCUACCUUCUAUGUUUAAUAAAAAAAACGCUUAGUAAAUCUGGCCCCUAGUUGACCGCUCGCUUACGUCCGCCAUGCUUUCUCUUCCUGUGAAGCCAACCUCUUCCUGCUGAUCUCGUCCAUCCUGGGCUCGAAGACGGCAGGGCCACACACCCAGUUUGUGCAGAGCUUCAUGGAGGAGUGUGUGGAGUGUCUGGAGCAGGGCAGCCGCGGAAGCAUUCUGCAGUUCAUGCCUUUCACCAUGGUGAGUGGUGGGAGGAAAGCUAGGGUUAACCAUGUGAUAGCUGUUGGUUGUUAGUGAUUAACAACUUUUGAUAGGAAUUGUGACCUCUGGCAUUAUAUAUUUACUUAAUACAAGUUAGAUUACUGCCAUGAUGGGUUUUAGAGUGGUGUUGAAGAAUGUGGAGAAUGCCACAGCUGUUCACGUGUGUCUGUCUGUUUGCGUGUGUCUGUGUGUCUGCCCCCAGGUCUCAGAGCUGGUGAAGCUUCCUGCGCUGGCCAAGCCCAAGGUGGUCUUGGGCAUCACUGACCUGACUCUGCCACUGGGGAGGAGGGUGGCAGCCAAGGCCAUCUCAGCCUUAUAGACCCCUGAUGGUGCCCACUGCCCGGGCAUCAGCUCACCCACCGCCGCCUUCUCCAUGGAUUCUAUUCUCCCAGUCACUCAGGGCCGAACCCAACUUCCACUUAAAUCAAAUUUUCAUGUAGUCUCACAUUACAUUUUACAUUUUAGUCAUUUAGCAGACGCUCUUAUCCAGAGCGACUUAGUGAGUGCAUACAUUUUUCAUACUGGCCCUCCGUGGGAAUCGAACCCCGAAGUUCAUGCGCCAUGCUCUACCAACUGAGCUACAGGAGGCCACAUUGACAUCGAUGCAUGACUAAGUGAAAAUUAGACUAAAGUGGAAGUAAGGAUUUGCUCCUCAAAGCUUGGCCCCUCAUAGAUGGAACAUGCUAUCGUAGUUUCAUCACCUUGGCAUGGAAAUGCCAGUUUCACCAUACUCUUGAGUUGGUGACCAAAUAGUUGUGUUAUUAAACCAUGGUUGCAUC